AUGGCCUCCCCACGAAAGCUUUCUUCUCUUCUCCAGGCUGCAGCUCUCUUCUUGGCCAUGCUACUCCACGGGUGCAAUGCCCAGCUGAGCACCAGGUUCUACGAUAGCUCCUGCUCAAACCUGACGAGCGUGGUCACCAACGUAAUCCGACAGGCACAGAACUCGGACCCCCGCAUCCACGCCAGCCUCAUCCGGCUCCACUUCCACGACUGCUUCGUCGAUGUAAGGCUCUCCCUCCCUCUCUCCGACCUCACCUUCCUUCAGCGGUUGGGUGCUCUCCAUGCGAUUCUGGCUUUAGGGGCACCAUCACUUCCGUCUCCGCUCUCGAUGAUCUCAUCUGUUAAGGUUCUUUCUGGCUUCCUCUAGGGCUGCGACGCCUCCCUCCUGUUGGACACCAGCGGAAGCAUCCAGACCGAGAAAGACGCGGCGCCGAACCAGAACUCCGUCCGUGGCUUCGAUGUGGUGGACGACAUCAAGACGGCCGUCGAGAACUUCUGCCCGGGGAUCGUCUCCUGCGCCGACAUCUUGGCCCUCGCCGCUCAGAUCUCCGUCUCCGAGGUGAUUGAGCUUCUGCAUGUCGGGUUGACCGAGAUGUUCCUUCUUCCCUCCGAGUGAGCCGUCAACUUUGACCCACCGAAACCAAGUUCGAAAGAAGACUGACAUUAAAGUGCACUCGCCAUGCAGGCAGGAGGGCCCUCCUACACCGUGCCGCUUGGAAGGAGGGAUGGAACGACGGCGAACCCGUCGGGAGCCAACAACGCCCUCCCCAGCCCCUUCGAAGGCCUCACCUCCAUUCAGUCCAAGUUUUCCGCCGUCGGCCUUGACGACACCGACCUGGUCGCCUUGUCCGGUGAGCCUUCCUCGUCUCUCCCUUCUUCUUCUGCUUCUUCUUCUUCCUCCAAACCUCUCAUCGUUUGACUUUCCCCUUCGUGAAUACCUCGUUGCAGGCGCCCACACCAUUGGGAGGGCACAGUGCUUCACCUUCAGCGGGCGCCUCUACAACUUCAGCGGCACCGGGAGCCCCGACCCCACGCUGGACACCAACUACGGCGACACUCUCCGGCAGUCCUGCCCCCAAAGCGGCGGCGGGUCAACGCUGAACGACCUCGACCCGACGACCCGGGACGCCUUCGACAACAACUACUUCACCAACCUGCAGAGCAACCGCGGGCUGCUGCAGUCGGACCAGGAGCUCUUCUCCACCAGCGGCGCCUCCACCGUCUCCAUCGUCAACAGCUUCGCCAACAGUCAGAGCACCUUCUUCCAGAGCUUCGGCAACUCCAUGAUCAACAUGGGCAAUAUCAGCCCCCUCACCGGCAGCAACGGACAGAUCAGGAGUGACUGUAGGAGAGUCAACGCCAGCUGA